AAUGCAGAAGUCAUCGCUCUAUCUCCAAAAUCCCUCAUGGCGACAAAUCGGUUCUUCUGCGAAAUCUGCAACAAGGGGUUUCAGAGAGAACAGAACCUUCAGCUUCACAAAAGAGGCCACAACCUGCCAUGGAAGCUGAAGCAGAAAGCGAAUAAGAAUCAGGUGAAGAAGAAAGUUUAUAUAUGCCCCGAGAACAGUUGUGUCCAUCAUGAUCCAGCUCGAGCCCUAGGCGACCUCACUGGAAUCAAGAAGCACUUUAGCAGGAAACAUGGAGAGAAGAAGUGGAAAUGCGACAAGUGUUCCAAAAAGUAUGCUGUGAUAUCCGAUUGGAAAGCUCAUAACAAGAUCUGUGGUAGCAGAGAGUUUAGAUGUGAUUGUGGUACCCUCUUCUCCAGGAAGGACAGUUUCAUCUCACAUAGAUCCUUCUGUGAUGUCUUAGCUGAAGAAAGUGCUAAAUUCUUCUCAGUUCCAUCACCCUUAGCUGCCAAUUCGGCCAUCUCCACUGUCGCUGAAACCAACAAUCCAACUCUUAUUCAAUCACAAUUGGAUCAAUCUUCCAUAGGUAACGUCAACAACAAUCACACCAGCUUAAAGUUCACAAACUCCAACCCAAUCCAACAACGUCAAGCCAAUGCUUUUGCGCUGUCCUCAGCACCAUCACCUCUUAGUACAUCUGAUUCGGUUCAUAAUCUAUGGAAGUUACAAGAAGAGGAAUGUUCACACCAGUGGUUACUCAAUGAAUAUAUGAACAACAACAAAAACAUUAUUCAGAAGGGAAUAUUCAAGAAUCAAGAAAAUGAGAUCAAGAAGGGAAAUAUUUACAGCGGCUCGAACCCCACCGAUGCAAAUAUAGCAUCCUUGUUCUCGUUUAAUCAAGAAGCAGGGAAUAUGGCUUCAUUGUCGGCAACUACAUUGCUUCAAAAGGUGGCUCAAAUGGGAUCAUCAUCGAGCUCCGACACAAGCACCAUGUUUGGGCUAAUGACUUCCUCCAUCUUCAACAACACAUUGCCAAACUCCAAUUGUUUCAAGACGAAGAAUAAGGAAAAGGAGUUGACCAGAGACUUUCUUGGUGUGGGAAGUCGUGACGACCAACAACAUAUACAUCAUCAUCACUUCCCAUCAAGCCUGCCAUUGACGGUGAACCAUAAUGUUCCCAAGUUGGCUGCAACCAUUGUAGGCGAGGAAGCAACCAUAGAUAUGGCGUCAGAUUCAGAAAAUACUCGGUUUUGUUGAUGGACAAUGUAAUUCCAGGAUUUCUUUAGGAAAGUUCUAAAAUAAUAACUCACAUGAAGU